AAUAAAAAAAAUUCCUAUUAACAAGUUUUGGUGUGCCCUUAGUGCUAAUUACCGGUGUGGUUAGCUUCUACGAUCUGUGUCCAUACGUCAAUUUACUCCUCCAAUUCUCCGGCCUUUGGUGUUGAAUAAGACAAUGGGUUUAGGGUUUGGUGUUGGAUUCCUCGGUGUUCUGAUUCUAUUUCACGCAGCUUAUUCAACCAUCCAAUAUAGGGCUUUGUUGAAGAUUACAGAGGAAGAGUUUUCUGGGUCACCUUUUAGCGUGGUGAUUGAACUGUCUCUAGGUUUAUUACUUUGUACAUGGGCUGCUUUGACUGUGCCAGGGAAGUUUUUGUGCAUCCUCCCAGAUUCUGAAGAGAACAGGAUUGUUUCUUUACCUGUCAACCCGGACUUCAUGAUCUUCAACCAUCGUGGCAAACUUUUUCCAUUGGAAAUGAAUGCGAAGCUGAGACAUUGAAAACUUUUCUAUAAUAGGGUUGAGCACCUUCCUUAUACAAGGGCUAAAAUUAUUUUCUCAAAAAUUAAAUAGUUUUUUUUAUGUAUGAGUUUUUGCAGCUUUUUUUUAUAACUACAUACUUUACACUUUUGUAUCAUGCACCUGUCUGUAAUUUGGGCAGGAUGCUACUAUUACUAGAGUCAUUUAUUUAUGAUGAGGUAGCCACAAGUUGACUAUACUUAUGUGAAUUAUUUGCUUAAACAUUGAAUUAGAUUGGCAAACUAAAAGCAAAUGAUAUUGUUUAUCUAGGUGAAAAA